ACAAAGUUUCGAGGAGUUGCCUGUUGUUCACUUAUCACAUGCUUGAUCAUAUGAUGAUACUUAGCAUUACAUUUACAGUACCCCAGUUUUCUUUCAACUUUCAUGCACCAUUUUACAGCUUUCAGAUUUGCAGUUCAAUAGAUGCCUUUUAUCCAGCAAGUGUAACUAAGUGGUAUCGUUGAUCUCACUUUGAGUGAAAAAGUUGAGCUAGAUGUAGAAUUAAAGAUUUGUUUAAAUCUACACAACGCUUUGAAAGGAGGUACAGAAGGCUUCGGGAAAGAAGGCACGAGAAGCUUUGGAAAAUCUGAAACAAUCAAAGUUACAUUCCUGAGCUGAAAGACCUGCAGAAUGAUUGGAAGACAAUUUGCGUUUGCUAUUCUAGUAGCUCUUCAAAUCGAUCUCAUUUCUGGAUUUGGUACAAACUAUUGGAAGAUUCGUGAGCAAGUAGAAGAGCAUCGAGAUAAUGUCAUGCGAAAAAAUAUCAAGCAAAUGUAUCAUCCUAGAUUUCCAUCUAGUUUUGAGCCAAAGCCUCUACCUGAGAUGUACUUCACACAACCCAUGGAUCACUUUGAUCCUACCAUCAAGGAGACAUAUCAGCAGAGAUAUUUUGUGAACAAGGAGUUUUGGAAAACUAAUGGCCCAGUGUUUCUCUAUAUUGGUGGGGAAGGAGAAAUCUCAUCCUUAGCAAUUCAAGGAGGUGAAACAUAUGUCCUUGCCAAGCAGUAUGGAGCUCUCAUGUUUGCUGUUGAGCACAGGUUCUAUGGAAAGAGCAUAAAUGAAGAUGGGCUAAAGUUGAGCAGUCUGCAGUACCUCUCUAGUCAACAGGCAUUAGCUGAUCUUGCUUCAUUUCACCGGUUUGCAGAAAAGGAAUAUGGGUUAACAGAACAAAAUACUUGGGUCUGUUUCGGUGGUUCUUACCCUGGGGCUUUGUCUGCAUGGUUCAGAUUGAAGUAUCCUCAUCUAGUGUAUGGGGCCAUUGCUAGCUCAGCCCCUGUUAGGGCUAAGGCCAAUUUUGAAGGUUAUAAUUCUGUGGUAGCUGAGAGCCUUGCUACUCCACUUGUGAAUGGCUCUGAGAAGUGUGCAUUAGCUGUACAGAGUGCAUUCAAGACAGUGGACACCAUGCUGGACAUGGAGCUUUACUCACAGCUAGAGACAGACUUCAAGUCAUGUGGGAGCAUAAGCCAACAUGCAGAUACAUUCCAGUUUGUUAGCAAUUUAGCUGAUCCUUUUAUGGGCACAGUGCAGUACAAUGAUGAAGGGGCUGGCUACAAUAUUACCUCCAUUUGUGAUGACAUGUUAGCAAAGACAUCUCCAUACCAGAGUCUCAGAUAUCUAUAUGAGAAAAUGUUGAACAGAACUGAACAAAAGUGUGCUGACAAUUCAUGGGAGAACUUCAUUAAGCAGCUGAGUAAUACCACGGUGGUGAAAGGUGGCGGUGUAGGCAUACGUCAGUGGCUCUACCAGACAUGUACACAAUUUGGAUAUUAUCAAUCCUGUGAUGCCAAUACGACUUGUAUAUUCUCUCGCUAUAUGGACUUUGGUCAUAAUAUAGACAUCUGUCAGCAGGUGUAUGGAGUAUCAGGUGAUGAGGUGUUUAAGAGAGUAGAAUUCACGAACUCUUACUAUGGAGGUGACCACCCUCGUGGAACUCGUAUUGUUUUUGUUAAUGGUUCUAUUGAUCCAUGGCAUGCCCUCAGUAUUCUCCAAAAUGAGACUGCAACAGAGACUGCCAUCUAUAUCCAGGGGACUGCUCAUUGUGCAAACAUGCAUGAUGAUGCCCCCAGAGACCUGCCAGCUUUAAGGCAGGCUAGAAAAGAGAUCUCAGAUCAAAUAGGUGCCUGGUUGAAGGAAGCAAAUAGAAAGAAGGAUACAACAUUGUAUUUUGUAUGA